GCCCGGCGGCGGGGGGAGCCUGAGCGCGGGAGAGACAGAGGAAGGGGGUCAGGAGAGCACUUCUGGGCUACAAGGAGAGGCAGCAGCCCAGACGAGCUGCCCGCCUGUGGUGAGGAGGAAUGAGUGCCACAUCAUCCACAAGCCAUGCCUUGCUACCACUGCUUGGGCCCGAACAAGAGGACCAAGAGGGCUCUGAGACACACAUGUCUGUUUUGUGGUAUGCAGGGCAGCUGGCAAUUACUUAUUAUGAUACAGAAGAUUGCUCAGUCUACUUCAUGCCUGAGAUACCUGAUAAUGAAGACCUCAAGCUACUGCAAAAAGUGACUGGGGAACUUAAUCCUCAAUGCAUAGUGACCAGUGCAAAACAGGACCAGAAUAUUGCCAAAUUCCUGACCAACCUAACAGCUACUGCUGGUGAUAAAGACAUUGGAAAACCAGAAAUUGUCCUGUUUCCUAAUGUAGAUUUUGGUCUAGAAGUCAGCAAGCAAAGGAUUCUAUCUAGGCAAUUUCCAUUUAUCCCAUCUCAUAUGACUGAAACAGAGAAAAUUCUCUACUUGUCCUCAAUCAUCCCUUUUGAAAGCCCACUCAUGAUACGAGCCUUAGGGGGCCUCCUUAAGUUUCUAGACAGGAGAAGGGUUGGAGUUGAGCUUGAAGACAGCAGUGUAGCAGUUCCUAUUUUGGCCUUUAAAAAAUUUGUGCUGUCAGAUACUGUGAAUAUGGACCAAGACACUUACUGUGUCCUGCAGAUAUUUAAAAGUGAUAUCCAUCCUUCCGUGUACAAGCUGUCCAGUGGACUAAAAGAAGGAUUCAGCUUAUAUGGAAUUUUAAACCGCUGCAGAUGCAAAUGGGGAGAAAAACUUCUGAGGCUGUGGCUCACACGACCUACUCGGAACUUGACAGAGCUGAACAAACGGCUAGAUGUUAUCAGCUUCUUCCUGAUGGCUCAGAACCAUGAAACAGUCCUCACUCUUCAAAACUGCCUCAAGAAUAUUAAAAAUGUGCCUCUUAUUCUAAAAAGAAUGACUCUUUCCAACACAAAAGUUAGUGAUUGGCAAGCACUCUAUAAAACAGCAUACAAUGCAGUGUGCCUUAGAGACACGUGUCGUUCUCUGCCCAACACUAUUGAACUUUUUCAGACUAUUUCACACGUCUUCACUGAUGAUCUGCACUACAUUGCUAAUCUAAUCAGCAAAGUGGUAGACUUUGAAGGUAGCCUCUCAGAGAACCGCUUCACUGUUAGACCCAAUGUGGACGCCACUAUCGAUGAGAAGAAACGAAAGCUGAUGGGAUUGUCAGACUUCCUUACAGAAGUGGCACGAAAAGAACUGGAGACUUUGGAUGAUCAUAUUCCUUCCUGUUGUGUGAUCUACAUUCCUUUGAUUGGGUUCCUUCUCUCCAUUCCACGGCUACCAGAUAUGGUGGAAAAGAGUGACUUCGAAAUUGAAGGCCUGGACUUCAUGUUCUUGUCAAACGAUAAACUGCACUACAGAAGUGCUCGGACUAAGGAGCUAGACAGCCUGCUGGGUGACUUGCACUGUGAGAUCAGAGACCAGGAAACACUUAUCAUGCACCAGCUGCAGACAAAGAUCUUGGAGAAGUCUGAAGUACUUAACAGUGUGAUUGAGUACACUGCACACCUAGACGUGCUCCUAGCUUUGGCAGCGAUGGCCCAGGAGAAUGGCUACUGCCGACCUCACUUUACUCACCGUCACGGCUUCCACAUCAAGGAUGGAAGACAUCCACUCAUGGAACUAUGUGCAAAGACUUUCGUGGCCAAUCCUGUGAACAGUGGUGAGGCUACCAGACGAAUAAAGAUCAUCACAGGGCCCAACUCAUCUGGAAAGAGUGUUUACUUAAAGCAAGUAGGUCUUAUAGUAUUUAUGGCUCUUAUUGGCAGUUAUGUCCCUGCAGCAGAGGCAGAGAUUGGAGUAAUUGAUGGCAUUUACACGAGAAUCCACAGUAGGGAAUCAGUUUCUGUAGGGCUCUCCACUUUCAUGAUUGAUCUUAACCAGGUUGCAAAGGCAGUAAACAAUGCCACAGAGAGGUCCCUGGUACUUAUUGAUGAGUUUGGUAAAGGGACAAACACACUGGAUGGCCUGUCCCUUCUGGCUGCUGUCCUGAGGUACUGGAUCAGACAAGGAACGCAGUGUCCACAGGUCUUUGUCUCCACUAAUUUUCACAGUUUAAUGCAGCUAGAACUCCUGCCUGACACACCUCUUCUGGAGUAUCUGACCAUGGAGACCCACCAGGAUGGAGAUGAGUUGAUAUUUUUCUAUCAGAUCAAAGACGGCGUGUCCACUGUUAGUCAUGCUGCCAACAUUGCAGCAUUAGCAGGAAUGCCAGCCAAAAUUAUUGAAAGAGGAGUGGAAAUAUCAGAACUGAUUCGCAAUGGAAAACCUAUCAAAUGUCUUGAUCAUCCUUCAAAAGGAGAUCAGAUGGAAAAAUGCAAGGCUGUUGUAGAAAAGUUUCUUUGCUUAGACCUUGAUGAUCCCCAUGUGGACUUGGAAGAGUUCAUGAAGAAGGAGGUGCUACCUUCUGCAGCCUCAGUCCUGUAACAGGACAGCUAGAAGCACAAGGAUUUUGGGAAGUUUUCAGUGGCGCAUCUGAUCUCAGGAAUGUCCCAGUAAGCAUGAGGAAUGGGUUGCUCCCACUUCUGAGUAGGUAGAUAAGUCCUUUAAUCUAAGAAGCUGAGAGGGGUACAGUAAACCAUAUAGCUCUUUUCUAAUGAACUUUAUUUCACGCUUUUAUCCUUUAUUAAUACCUGUUUCCAAGUUUUUUGCAUUUACCAUUUUUAGCUUAAUGCUUUAGCUUAUUUCUUGAGAUCUUUCCUAGUUCUGAAUUCUCAAACUCCUUGUUUUGUAAAUGUUUUUAACUCUGGGGAAGUUAAAAUCUUUUCAGAAUAAAUGCAUUUCAAACUGCCUAAAGCUAUGUUACGGUUUAAAAAAAAGAUUUUUUUUUUUCCCCAAAAGAUAAAUUUGGUGGAAUUUAGAUGUCAUUGUAAGGAGAGUGACUUAAAAGAAUAUUGCCUCAAAUAAGGCAACUUACAUUUAAAAAUUAAUAUAGUUAUAAAGCUAUAGCUGAGAACUGUACUGAACCACUUUACUACUGUUUGGUCUUUCAUAUGCUUUCACAUGUAAUUUUCAUUCAUUCCCCCUUCCUUGCUUUUCAUAUUCUUGUAUGAUCUCAAAAUGCAACUAGACAUUGUAUUAAAACGUACUGUGAAAUAAUCGUUCCUUUUAUGUUUCGUAUUUGUAUUUACUGCUUUCAGUAAAGGCAUGAAACUGUCUAACUAAACGCAUGUACACAAUGAAACAAAAGAUUAUAGUAAAGAUUAAUGCUUAUGCCUGACACUGAAUUGACAGAGAAAAAUUUACAGAUUUUUAAUACACAGUGUCUUUCUAUACAGUAUAUCUUUAGAAUACCAUAUGCAUUAUCCAGCAUUAUAGAGGGCUAAGGAAGAUGAUUUGGAAUGACAUUGACCUGGUUCUGUCAGCAGCAGUGAAUAUCAUAACACAGAAAGUAUGCAUCCUGGCUAAUAUUUCAUGGAAGGUAGAUAAAUACAAAUGAAACAAAGAACCAGCCAAAAAACAACCAGAAAACAGAAUGGCAAAAACCCCACCCUGAUUGUUUUAGAUGUUUAAACCAAACAGUUAAAUUAGAACAGCUGAUAUUCUAGAAGAGCUGUGGAUUUUUAAAAUGAGUGUUUUUAAAAAACUGUUAAUACAAGCAAAAGCUAAUGUGAGCUCACAAAUUUAGUAUCUAUAAUAUGCCUGCAUCCAUAUCUAUGAUAUCCACCUGCAUCCUGUGGAUAAGUCCUUAUUUCUGUUUUAGAGCAAGUAUGUGUGCCCUUGAAAUUUCUUAUGUAUCUGAAAUCUCACUGCCUUCUGUCUACUGAUUUCAGAAUACUACUUAAUUAAAAUGUGCACCUUCAGCAUUUUUAGAUAUUUCUAAUUAAAUUUUAAAGUAUUUUUCUUUAAUGCCCAGUAUUAAGGAAAAAAUCAACUUAAAAUAUUAAUAUUAUGUAAUUUAAUUCCAAUUUAAAAUAUUUUUUCUGAAAAUUAUUUUCCUAGACAAUGUUAAAGGAUCACAUAAAACAUUCUAUACAAGGUCAACAAAAAAAAUUUAUGGAGACAUACCUUAUGUUAGAUAAUACAAUACAGUAUUACAGUUAAAUUAGUAUGCAAUAAAAAUAGGUCCACUAGUAUUGCUUCUAUAUAUUUUUAUGACAGUUAUAACCUACUUUCAUGUAUUUCUGUAAUUUGUCCAAAAAACCCUAAUAAAUAGGCAAGAAAUAACUGCCUGCAAGAGAGAAUAUAGAAGAUGGAUUUCCUCGCUACUCUGAAAUUCACCAAAGCAUAUUCAGUAGAGGGAACUGACAGUCUGCCUAUUAUGCAUAAUCCAAAUAGAAAUUUCACUGUUUACUUGCUUGUUUUCUCCUAUACAGAAACAAAACUUUGCAAACAAACAGCAUGCAUAUACAAACUACAUCCUAAUUAGAGUUCUGUAAUUUUUAACAAGUACUUUUAGCCUUUGGUCUUGCCUAAUUUCACAACAGAAAACAGACUGUGAUAUUAAUGUACUGAGAAUAUCAAGAGUGGUAACUUACAGUACAGGACUAAUGUUUAUAUAGUAGAUGCACUACAUUAUUUUUAUUAAAUAAAAUAAAUAUUUUUAAAGUCUUA